AAUUGAACAUCACAAACUUGACGAAAAAUCAAAAUUUAGCAGAUUUUUACGUGAAAUUUUCCAUUUUUUCCAUUUUAUUGGGACUUUUAUUGAUAUCGCGUGUCGCUUAUCAAACAGACUAAAAAUGGAGACAAAUUUGGAACAAAACCCGCACGAAACAGAUGCACCGACAACCGAUCCGCCCGAAAUCGAUGACGAAUGUUCGCAAGAAGAGCAGGAAAUGAAACAACUCGAGGAAGAAUUAAAAGCCGCCAAGGAAAAUACAGAAAAAGAACAAAAUUCCGAGCAAAAUACAGAUCAACAGCAGCCAAAUCCCGAAAAUCCCGAUGUUAAAGCCAAACUUGAGCGUCUCCGGUUGCUGCGACAGAACAAAAAAGAGAGAAAACGCGCGAGAAAGUUGCAAGGCAAGCCAGAAGAUCCGGAUUUGAAGAGAAUUUUGGAAGAAUUAGAGACGAGUUUUGACGGGAAAGAGUUUCAAGUGCUAAUUCGAGUGUUACAACCGCCGGUGAAGAUAUUAAAAGAACGAUAUUACGAGAUACGGAACGAUUUGAGGGCGGCAAUUACCAGAUAUUACCCACAAGUGGAUAUUAAAUUGUUUGGAUCGUGUGUGACAGACUUGAUUUUUGACAACAGUGACUUUGACUUUUUCGUCGACGUGCCAUCGAACGAAGACAACCUUUCCAAGCUGAAUCGCAUCCAUCGUCUCAUCUGCAAUUCCAAAGCCUUCGCACGCCCCAUAAAAAUCAGCAGAGCCCGAACGCCACUCAUCAAAGUCACUCACAUCGCCACAAAAACGCAAAUGGACAUCAACGUCUCCAACCCUCUCGGCGUCUUUAACAGCGAAUUCCUCCGUUUUGCACUGUCCUUCGACCCUCGCAUCAAACCUCUGGCCAUCUGCAUCAAAUAUUGGGCACGCUUGCAUCACCUUUGCGGCACGAAUCUUAUGAGCAACUACUGCCUCGUCAAUUUGCUACUUUUCUACCUCAUGAAUUUACGGGAUCCGCUCUUUCCGGCCGUGGGGAUUUUGCAAAAUCGCGUGCCCGAGUACUACAUUGGGCCGUGGAAUUUGGCAUUUGAUGCGCAUUUUCCGAAUACGUCGAACUGCAUGUCGUCGCUCAUCGAGUUGCUCGAGGGAUUUUUCCAGUAUUACGAGAAUUUUUCGUUCGAAACUGUCGUCGUGUGUUUAUUUUCGGGCAAAGCGUAUCCGCGGAAGGUAUUUGAGGAGUCACGUGGCUUGAUAAUGGAGGCAGAUCGUUAUCAGAUGGCACGACGUCGUUUUGACUUGCAACCGUUCACGACAACGACCCCGAUUUGUGUUCAGGAUCCCUUCGAGCUGAAUUGCAACAUUGGGAAUUCCGUGAAUGCGAACACUUUUAAGCGUUUUCGGGACUAUUGCCAGCUUGCGGUGCAAAUUUUCAAGGAAUUUCCGAGCGAAACGUGUCGCGCAUCGAUAAUUUUGAAGAAACUUUUCACUUCGGUGACGAGUGUGCAGCAGCCCGUGAGUUUGCUUGACAUGAUCAACAAUCCAACCUCGAAGCAAGUUUGCAAAUUGCAACCGAUGCAACACGAACUCGCAGCUUUUAGCAAAAUAUUCGACACGAAAAAGCUGGAUGACACGGAAUUCAAUCGGAAACGCUUCUGGUGCGAACAAAUGGUCGAACUCGUGCAAAAAAUGAUGAAAGAAGUCUAUCUCGUCAAUCUCUUUCCGUUCGAACUAAAACGUUCAACUUCCGUGGGUCACGUGACUUUAUGCGACUAUCAAAUCCGUCUCCGCAAAAAUACUUGGAGCAAUCGCGGAAAACUCGAAUUUACCGACAGACAAGGCUUCGAACGGGAAAUCGCCUUGUCGAAAGAACUCAAGGAAAAAAGCUCGCCGAUGUAUUUGGAUGCGGAAAUUACGAUUCAGGCGAAACGUGAACGAGAUUACAUCGAAAUUGAGUUGCAAGAGUUGUCGGGAUUGGAGGACAAGCAAAAGUUGCUGAAGGAAUUUUUUGAAGAAACGAUUCUGGCAUCCACGAGAAGUUUUGUGAAGUCGUACAUGAGUAUGAUGGCGGCGGAGGAACAAACGGAGGAAGUAAAAAAUGCGGAGGAAAAACAAAAUGGAGAGAAAAAAGUUGAGGAAACGGCGAAUAAUGAGGAGAUAAAGGCAGAAAAUGGCUCGUAAAAGUAGAAAUUUCCUUUUUGAGGAGGUGUUUGUGUGUUUGACUUAGACAAAUUUUAUAUUAGUAUUAGUUCUUCUUAUUUUUUGAUGAAAUAUUAAUAAUUAUUGAACAUACCUAA